AGAGAGAUGCAUUGAAAAAAGGCUGAGGCUUUUUGUGUCUUUAGUUCUCUAGUUUCUUGUUUCUGGUUACUGUAAUAAUAAAAAAAAAAAUCUCGAGAUGUGUUGAGCUUAUGUUGGGAUUCUCCGGUUGAUUGGUUUUGUCGGCAGGGGUUUCUUGUCUUUUUUAUUUUUGAAUUUCAAUUUGUCCAAAAGACUUAGCUUUCGGAGAUGAGUGGGUGUUUGCCUUGCUUUGGAUCUUCGGCUAAAGACGCUGCUUCCAAAGAUUCGGUUAAGAAGGAAGUUUCAGCUAAAGACGGCUCAGUUACUCAGUCUCACCAUGCCAGCUUAGAUAAAUCAAAGUCUAGACGAGGUCUUGAACAAAAGAAGGAGUUAACAGCUCCGAAAGAAGGGCCAACCGCUCAUAUCGCUGCACAAACGUUUACUUUCCGAGAGUUAGCUGCCGCCACUAAAAACUUUCGACCGGAAUGUCUUCUUGGAGAAGGAGGUUUCGGACGUGUUUACAAGGGUCGUCUAGAGACCACAGGACAGAUAGUAGCUGUUAAACAGCUUGAUCGAAACGGUCUACAAGGAAACAGAGAGUUUCUUGUAGAGGUUCUUAUGCUGAGCCUUCUGCAUCAUCCCAAUCUUGUCAAUUUGAUUGGUUAUUGUGCUGAUGGUGACCAGCGUCUUCUUGUGUACGAGUAUAUGCCACUAGGAUCAUUGGAGGAUCAUCUACACGAUCUUCCUCCGGAUAAAGAGCCUCUAGACUGGAACACUAGAAUGACAAUAGCGGCAGGAGCAGCAAAGGGACUAGAGUAUUUGCAUGAUAAGGCGAACCCACCUGUCAUCUACAGAGAUUUGAAAUCAUCCAACAUUCUUCUCGGUGAUGGCUAUCACCCAAAGUUAUCUGAUUUCGGGUUAGCUAAGUUAGGUCCCGUGGGCGACAAGACACACGUGUCAACUCGUGUGAUGGGUACAUAUGGUUAUUGUGCACCGGAAUAUGCCAUGACUGGACAACUCACAUUGAAAUCGGAUGUUUAUAGCUUUGGGGUUGUGUUUCUCGAGCUCAUCACUGGUCGAAAAGCCAUUGAUAAUGCUCGAGCACCCGGAGAGCACAACCUUGUUGCAUGGGCUAGGCCGUUGUUCAAAGAUCGUAGAAAGUUCCCAAAGAUGGCGGAUCCAUCGCUGCAAGGGCGGUAUCCAAUGCGUGGUCUAUAUCAAGCACUUGCAGUUGCAGCAAUGUGUUUACAGGAACAAGCAGCGACUAGACCGCUUAUUGGCGACGUGGUGACAGCUCUAACUUACUUAGCUUCCCAAACAUUUGAUCCAAACGCGCCAAGCGGUCAAAACAGUAGAAGCAGUGGCGGGCCGCCAUUUAUCAGGACGAGGGAUGAUCGGAGGAGCUUGGAAGAUGGGAGUAGCUUGGAUAGUCCUGCAGAGACUCGGAGUCGGUUAGGGUCUCCAUCGACUCACAAGAACUCUCCUGAUUACAGAAGAAGAGACAUGGUGAGGGAAGUCAAUGCAGGAUCAGAGGGAGGGAGCGAGACAGGAGGCGGGUCAGGGAGAAAAUGGGGGUUAAGUGAUUUGGAAGGGUCAGAGUCACAGAGAGGGAGCCCAGCGAGUGUUGGGAGGACAUCGAGAGGGACUCCGAGGAACCGAGAUUUAGAUAGAGAGAGGGCUGUGGCGGAAGCAAAGGUGUGGGGAGAGAAUUGGAGGGAGAGGAAGAGAGCUACCAAUGGACCAGGCAGCUUUGAUAGUACGAAUGACUAAAACGGGGAAAGGGGAAAAACUGUGUAUGAAAAGGAGAGAGCUUUUGUCUUUCAAGAGGCAAAUGGAGAGAGAGAGAGGCUUUGGGGUCAUUAUGAACAUUUGUCGGGUCAGGUCGGUCGGUCAGUUGUCGGAUUUGAUGUCUGAGUCGAGAGACUCUUCCUUCAAUAUUGUGGUUGAAGCUCAA